CCCUACCAGACAAAACAUAAAAUAAAAGCUUUGCCAACAUAAAGCUCACAAAGUAACCGUUAGGAGUGGAUCACUUGAAAGCGCUCCUAAUACUUUCAUCAAAUCUUCUUUCCUUUCUCACAAAACUAUCCGUUACCUACUAGCUCAUCCCUUACCUCCAUUCUCUGUUUUUCAACAGAGAGGUUUUUAGUUUUUUAAUUUUUUCUAUACAGUCUUCCAUCCCCUCAUCGAAGCUCAAACAGAAGAAAACAAUCAUGGAAUCAACAACACAAAGAAGAAAGAGUGGAAUUAACCUUCCAUCUACAAUGUCUGAAACCUCUCUUCGUCUUGACGCCUUUUCAUCACCUCCCAGCACAAAGUUUCAAUCAAGAACAAUAACCAACUUGGGUUCCCCAAUGUCCAACAGAUCACCUAGGACUAUAUCGAACCUGUCAUCAUCACCAUCAUCUAAAUCAGCUGCAACUUGCAGUGAUAGGUUCAUUCCUUGUAGAUCUUCGUCGAGGCUACACACAUUUGGGCUGGUGGAGAAGGCGUCUCUGGUGAAGGAGGGAUCAGGAGGAAACAACGAUGCGUAUUCCAGGUUGUUGAAAUCUGAGCUUUUUGGGGCUGAUUUUGGUUGUUUUUCUUCUCCUGCAGGUACUAAAGGCUCUCCCAUGAGUCCUAGCAAGAAUAUGCUGAGGUUCAAGACUGAGAAUUCAGGGCCUAAUUCUCCUUAUUCGCCUUCGGUUUUGGGGCAUGACAGUUCCCUCUCUAAUGAGGUUUCUACCCCUCCUAAACCGCCUAGGAAAGUGCCCAAGACACCCCACAAGGUUCUGGAUGCACCAGCACUUCAAGAUGACUUCUAUUUGAACCUAGUUGAUUGGUCCUCUCAGAAUGUCCUCGCUGUUGGGUUAGGAACUUGUGUUUAUUUAUGGACAGCCUCAAAUAGUAGAGUGACAAAGUUGUGCGACUUAGGACCCACUGAUAGCAUCUGUUCGGUCCAAUGGACCCGCGAGGGGUCUUAUAUAUCAAUUGGUACAAGUCUUGGCCAAGUUCAGGUUUGGGAUGGAAGUCAAUGCAAAAAGGUUAGAACGUUUGGUGGACAUCAGACAAGAACUGGAGUCCUCGCGUGGAGUUCUCGCAUCCUAUCUUCUGGUAGCAGAGACAGAAACAUCCUUCAGCAUGACGUUCGCGUUCCAAGUGACUUUGUCAGCAAAUUUGUUGGUCACAAGUCCGAGGUAUGUGGGUUGAAAUGGUCUCAUGAUGAUAGAGAGCUUGCGUCAGGGGGAAAUGACAAUCAGCUCUUAGUGUGGAAUCAGAGAUCUCAGCAACCAGUUUUGAAGCUAAUGGAGCAUACUGCUGCUGUGAAGGCCAUUGCCUGGUCUCCUCACCAAUGUGGCCUUCUCGCAUCAGGUGGAGGAACUGCUGACCGAUGCAUUCGUUUUUGGAACACAACCAAUGGCAAUCAGUUGAACCAUGUCGAUACAGGAAGCCAGGUAUGCAAUCUAGCCUGGAGUAGAAAUGUGAAUGAGAUAGUUAGCACACAUGGCUAUUCCCAAAACCAAAUCAUGGUGUGGAAGUAUCCUUCAAUGUCAAAGGUUGCCACUCUAACUGGCCAUAGCCUGCGCGUCCUAUAUCUUGCCAUGUCACCUGAUGGCCAGACAAUAGUAACUGGAGCAGGAGAUGAGACGUUGCGCUUUUGGAAUGUAUUUCCCUCUGUAAAAGCUCCUGCAGCAGUGAAGGACACAGGACUUUGGUCUUUAGGCAGAACGCACAUACGGUGAUGGAGUUGAUUUAAUAAUUGUUGCUGUAAAUGGAAAUGUGCAGAUUGUGUAAGGAAGACACAAAACAUACAUAUAUUCA